AUGUCUGACGGCGUCAGCCCAUCCGACCUCCCUGCGUACCUCGACUUACCCCCUCAUCUCUCGGCUCACAAAUAUUUCUUCGUCUGUACCUUGACCGUUGCUGCAUGGGACACCCUUGUCCUUACGCCUAGGAGCUGGAAACUCCUCAAGACGGAUGGAUGGCCCCCGCUCAAGGCAUUCUACUACUUUUUGCGCUGGUUCAUGCCCAUCGAGUUCGUUAUCGUCGGUGUCGCAUUUUUCGACUCCAGCUGGACCCAGGAUAUGUGUGGCCACUUCUUCCUCUUCGAACCCAUCUGCACGGCUAUCCUCAUGGCCGUCGCCUCUGCCGUCCAUGUCAUCCGUAUUCACGCCAUCUCCGACAAAAACCGCACCGUCUUCUGGACUAUGGGUGCACUGCUGGCCGUGCAAAUCGUAGUCACCGCUAUCUGCUGUGGCUUCUAUCGCUCCGUUCCCUUGUUGGAUGGUCAAGGCUGUAUCGCUGGUCCCAAGUCCAAUUGGGUCGGGAUCUACUGGCUCGCGCCCACGCUCGUCUACACCCUUUCUUGCGCGCUCGCUAUCAGGCGCUCUGUCAAGUCGAGGCACGCCAAGCCCUUGAGCCCGUGGAAGUUGAUGCUCCGUGACGGUCUCAACCUCUACGCUGCGAUCUGGGCUGUGAACAUGACGAACAUGCUCUUCUGGUUCAUCAUCACACCUGAGGAUGACCCCGAAAACGGCACCGCGGACACCAUAAAGACCAUCGUCACCAGUAUGACCGCCGUCAUCACCACCACCAUGACCAUGCGCAUCAUCCUCUCCGUCCGCGGCACCCUCGUCAACGGCGGCUCUUACGCCGGAACGUCCAACUCCAACUCUUCCGCCUCGAACUCCAACUCGCGUAACGUCGGCUCUCGCCACACCCACCCCACCGCUGGCGUCCUCCAGAUCAACUCUCAGCGCGGAACUCACCACACCUACACCAUCCAGGCCGUGCCGAAGCCCGAGCCGGAGUGGGAACAAGGUGGGGACCAGAAGAGCAGCAUCCAUGGCGGCGAGGAGAAUAAGGAGAAGGAGGGGAGCGGACUAGUUGCGGAGGGUGCUGUGGUGGGUGCGGAGAGCAGUCCGCCGGAGCAGGGUGUGAAGAUUACGGUGGAUAGGGAGGUGAAGUGAAGAGCCG